CGCGCGCCGCCGCCGCCGCCGCCGCCGUCUCGGUCUCCGCAGUGAGGUCACGGGUGGGCGGCGCGAACGCGGCGCCUGUUCCGCUCCCCGCGGCCGCCGGAGCCCCCGCGGCGCCGGGUUAUCAGGAAGGAUGAGCAGAACUCUGUGCUAGCACACGGCAUGCAUCCAGCCCAUGGCCUGGAUCUCACCUCUAUUACUAAUAACUUGGGCUGGGAAAAUUCUGACACACGCCAGUGACAUCUGGGCGAAAGGUGACUCUCUAGGGACGUUUAGUUUUUGCCGUCAGUCUGGAUCAGCCUUUAAUUUCAGGAUUUAUUUGUGAACUGCCAUAGUAGCUGUCACGGUGCUGGUGGUGAAAUCAUAAAGCUGGCAGCACAAUAAAGCAAGCCCUUAAGAUUGUGUUUGAUCUCUGGGAGCUCAAAGUGCUGAAUAAAAUUUUCAUACAACGUAAACUACGUUUUGGAUCAGUUUCGUUAAGAUUGACAUUCUUCUAACUGAGCCCAUUUUUCUAUUUUAAUAUUUAAAUAGAGACUUAUUUGAAAAGACAGUAUAUUUUUUAAAGGAAAAAGAACGAUUGAGGAUGAACACCCAUCAACGCAUCGUUUUUUACUAAAUUGCUGGACAAGACUACUGUGUAAAGUAGUGGCUAGGGUAUGAAGAAAACCUUUUGUAUACAUAUUGCAUUGGGGUUUUUAUAUUAUGAAAUUGAACAAAUAGCUAAGAAAAUAGUGUAACCCCUCCAUUAGUAGUUUUACAGUAUUACAUACAGAAUGGGUUACAGUUUUUACUGCUGGAUGCUGAAGAAGAUGUUUUAGGGAAAGGAGCGUGCAGCUCCAAGAUCACAUGAAACUAUUUUUUAUAUAAAAAGUAAGAAAAUGCACAUUCAAGACUGGCUUAAUUAAAGCUCAGUGUUUAGCAAUGGAAAGCCCACAGAUAAACUUCCCUCUAGGUCUGGUUUCAGACCAAAAAAGAAGCAGGAUCCAAGAGGAUGGGAGUCCUCCACUGAAAAAAGCAAUGACUGAAAUGCAUGUAAAUAACAAAGUACAGGUAGUAAUAAAUAAAUUGCCAACAAUAAAGAAGGAAAACCUGGAUGACUAUGAUGAAGCUCCAGUGGAGGCUGAUGGGGAAACCACCAAGCCAAACAGUGCUUCACUAUCUGAGCCUUUGAGUUUAAAUCCAGGUUUGAAACACACGCUGGCACAGUUCCACCUAAGCAGCCAGAGUUCACUGGGUGGACCUGCAGCUUUCUCAGCUCGGUAUUCCCAGGAAAGUAUGUCACCCACUGUCUUCCUGCCUCUCCCAUCACCACAAAUCCUCUCUGGUCCGCUGCUCAUCCCUCCAGACAGCUCCACGGAGCUCACGCAGACCCUGCUGGAGGGGGAAUCCAUCUCUUGUUUCAAAGUCGGAGGAGAAAAAAGACUUUGCCUGCCUCAAGUGUUGAAUUCGGUUCUCCGAGACUUUUCCUUGCAGCAGAUCAACACGGUGUGUGAUGAGCUCUACAUCUACUGCUCAAGGUGCACUUCUGACCAGCUGCACAUUCUGAAGGUUUUGGGAAUUCUUCCGUUCAACGCUCCGUCCUGUGGGCUCAUUACGCUGACGGACGCUCAGAGACUAUGCAAUGCUUUACUGCGCCCUCGCACUUUCCCCCAAAGUGGCAGUUUCCUCCCUGGUAAGAACACCUUGGCCCAGCUGAAAGAGACUGGCAGUGCCUUCGAAGUAGAGCAUGAAUGCCUGGGCAAGUGCCAGGGGUUGUUUGCACCUCAGUUCUACCUUGCCCCGGAUGACCCGUGUAUCCAGUGCUUGGAGUGCUACGGGAUGUUCUCACCCCAGACCUUCGUGAUGCAUUCACACAGAUCCCCGGACAAGAGGACCUGCCACUGGGGGUUUGAGUCGGCCAAGUGGCACUGCUACCUGCACAUUAACCAAAAAUACCUGGGCACAUCAGAAGAGAGAGAGCUGAAGCAUCUCUUGGAGGAAAUGAAGGAGAAAUUCAGCGAGAAAAAUCAGAAAAGAACUCGGUCCAAAGCAGAGCCACAGCAGAACCUGGAAUUAUCACAGUGGUAUCCAGUUAUAAAGCAAGAAGCAGAAACUGAUCCUCAACCACCUUCCUUUUUCCACCCCAGUUACUACCUUUACAUGUGUGAUAAAGUGGUUGCCCCGAAUGUGUCUCUUGCAUCUCAAUAUAAAGAUGUUGCAAAAACAGCGGUAAAAGCUUCAGAAGUUAAUAAAUCCUCACCUGGGCAGUCAGAGAAGAAGCUCAGUAGUGGAAAGCACAAAAAAUCUGCCUCCUAUCCAGAGCUUUCUCUUGAAGAACAGGAAAAAAUGGACUUGAAAACUGGGGUGGAGCAGCCAAAUAAACGUUUAGAUCCUCCUGUGUCAACUCGUUCUGCGAGAGGUGCAAAGUCUGAGCGCGUUUCUUCCAAAAUCCCCAGAGACUCUGUCCGUGGGGAGGGAGGUGCUGAUGCACGAACCUUGUCCCCCACGCUCAUGAAGGACAUCAGCUGUGAGGAUGACAAGGGAAGGAUCAUGGAAGAAGUCAUGAAAACCUACAUCAAGCAGCAUGAGAAGCUGAACACGAUUUUGCGGAGGAAGCAGCAGCUCCAAAUGGAAGUGGAAAUGUUAAGCAACUCUAAAGCUAUGAAGGAGCUGACUGAAGAGCAGCAGAAUUUACAAAAAGAACUCGAGUGUUUGCAAGCAGAGCAUGCACAAAGAAUGGAAGAAUUUUAUUUUGAGCAGAGAGACUUGGAGAAGAAACUGGACCAAGUGAUGAAGCAAAAAUGUAGCUGUGACUCCAAUUUGGAAAAAGAUAAAGAAGCUGAAUAUGCAGCACAGCUGGCAGAGUUGAGGCAGAGGUUGGAUCAUGCAGAGGCAGAUAGACAAGAGCUCCAGGAUGAACUGAGACAGGAACGAGAGGCCCGGGAAAAGCUGGAGAUGAUGAUAAAGGAACUGAAGCUACAGAUCCUGAAAUCUUCAAAAAAUGGGAAAGGAAAAUAGAAAUUGGAAGAGGAAGCAUGACUGUGUCCUUCAAACAGGGUGUUUUGGUUUUCAUGAUUGUGAACAAUUUUUGUGUGCUGAGAAAAAGUGUUCUCUAUGGAUUUCUAUUUCCCAGACAAGUCCAGAUUAAGAUAUACAUAGAUAUAAAUAAAUAGAGAUAGACAUUUUUAGAUUUUCCUAGCCAAUGAAAAUCUGCAUUGAUUUGUACUGGUGUUUUUUUCAAGCAAUGAAAAAAUACGAAACUCUUGAUUUAGAGUGACCAGUUUCUGUCUAUUUCUAAUGCAGUCUUAAGGACUCUACACCUUUUAACACUGUCUGUUAAAACAUAUGUGGGUAUCUUUAUUUUGCUAUCAAUUGCACAUCCAGUUAUAAAAGUACAUUUAAAAUAUCCUCAAUUCUUCAAAGUCUUAAAUAGUUUGGGUUUCAGUAUUCUUGAACUGAGGAAAGUAAAGGCAGCUUUUUGUCUGUAAGGCAGAGCUCAAAAUUGCCAGAACUGACUGUUGAUUGAGUAUCAAAAGUGAUUUACCAGCAUGAGUUUUUCCCAUAAUUUCAUUAUGUGAAGUCAGCUGAUCUUUUCAGUAUUGUCUAUUUAACAACUCGUUAUCAAUCUAAGGAGUGUUAGAGCCAGCAUUCGCUUGCUCUGCUGGAAGAGGAAAACAUUAGGGGUUGUUUUUUUUUUUUUAUUUGGUUUGGUUUUGUGAAUUUAAAAUUUGCAGUUACAGUGGAAUCUUGGGAAGUUAAAAAUUCACAAGUUUUCUUCUGUUUUCUUCUAUUACAUAUGAAAGAAACGUUAAUAAAAGGCUUGAAGGUGGGGCUUUUCCUUUUAGAAACUGAGAAAGCUUGAUUUAACUGUUUUUCAGAUAUCGAUGCUUUCAACAAAAAGAAUAUUUAUUAAGGAAUAUGUAUUAAUUUCUUCAGUACCCUAAGCCUCUACACUUUGAGCUUCUUGCCAACUUGUGGAUUUUUCUUUCAUUACAUAGAACAGGCCUUAACUGACAUUGUGAUCAUAGCUUAAAAUAUAAAAUUCUGAGGUAUGGCACUUUGAAAAAUCAUUUUGAUAGUCUCUGUAUUUGAAUGGCAUGGUAGGGUUACCAUGAAUUAAGAAAAUACAGCAUGUUUGUUAAGCUAUAACAUUGGGAAAUGUGUAAUUGUACAGAAUUACUGUUUUAUGUAUAUAUAUAAUGUCUGAGUACUUCUGAAGUCUGGUUCCUAGUGGGUUAAAUGCAUGGCUAAAGUUGGAUGAAGAAAAACUUUUUUGCACUUCUCUCCAAAAAAUUGGAUACAGCUGGCAGAUGUCAGCUGGUCAUGUCAGUGAUAGGAAUAUUUUAGUAAUUCUAGUGUUUCACAACAUAAUUUUAACUUGUACUUUUAGUUUCUGGUUUUGAGGUACUUAAGUUUAAUAUUCUCUUAAUAAUUCAAUUAUUUUUGGAUGAAACCACUAGUAAAAGCCUACAUUCAUUUUUUUUCCCCUCCUCAAUGAGUAAAACAGAAAAAUCUUUUUUGCUUCUCUGUUAGUGAUAUAACAAGAAUGAAUAUCACAGUGAAAGAUAAAAUUGCACAUAUUUUUAAAUUGAAUGAGAAAUGAGGUGGUAAAUUAAAUGUCACAGAGUCAUAGGAUGAUUUUUUAAUAACUGUACAAAUUUGUUUAUGAGCUCUAUGUCAUAUUUACACUGACAAGGUUAGAUGAAAAGAAAAAAAAAUUCCUUUGUCAGUGUUGAGAAUCAUAGAAUGGUUUGGGUUGGAAGGGAUCUUAAAGAUCAUCUAAUUCCACCUCUUCCUGGAAAAGAAUACCAGGAUUAUAUUUUUCUCUUCUUCAGCUCCCAUCUCCAGAUUUUUCCUUUGGGAAAAAAAAAAAAAAACAAAAAACAAAAAACAACCUAGGGAAAAAAAAAAGAAAAAAAGCAAACUUAAAAGGAAAAGGCCUAUUUUUGCAGCUUGGUUUGGAGGGAAAGGUACUGACUCAAUGGUUCUGGUUGUGUGUGCUGGGGGUGUGAUGGCUGGGGAGCAGAGCAUUGCAGAUAAGGCCUCCUGAUUAUUUUUUAACAUCUGGCUGGUAAAGCCAAUGGAACAUUUAUUAAAAUGACCUUAAAAGUAUCUUUGUAAAUAUUCCAUUUAGUUAAUCUAAAGUUAGAAUGCAUUUUAAAUUAUUGUAAUCCUCUUAAAAUUCUUAAAUACUACUUUCAGGCUUUUGACGUAACAUAAUCAAUUUUCAUACGUGUAGACUUAAUUUUAUACUGAUUUUAAGUAAUAAUGUAUACAUAAAUGUGCCAUAGACCUUUGUGUGCUCACAGUCUCUGAAAGAUAGUUUUUUAGCAAAUUGUAAAUAAUGCUCUUUAAGUUUUAGAAAAAAGAUAUGUUGACCUUUUUUCUACCUUAUCCUAAUUUUGUUGAAUAGUUCAUUUUACAGCCUGACAUAGGAACUUGGAAUGCACACUUGAGGGCCCUUACUUAAGUGCACACUUAAUGGUAGAGACUAAAUCAGUCAUUAGGUCUUUGCUUUUAGUCACAGCAUGCUCAUUUUAUGUAUUUGGUUUGCCUUCAGUCAUUGCUUGCUGAUCUUUUCAGGCAAGAAGUAAAUUUCCCAGAUAGUUGUAACAUGAAGCCUGUAGAACAAUGCUCUAAAAUUGUCUAUAAUUUGAAAGUCACUUUCUUAAACACCUACACCAAGAUGGAAGUUGCCUAGUGCACCUUUUGGAAUAAGUAGGAUUGGAGGUGAAUACCUAAUUUGCUCCUAUACUUUUAUAAAAAGGACUUUAACACACUUUGUGUACUUUAAUCAAUAAAAUAUGAGAGCUUAGAGGAUAAAACUCUUGUAAUUUUGGCAGCCUGGAAACACCUCACUCACAGUGUAACCAGGUGUCCCUCAACGAAAGAGAUUUUUAUCUAAAUCUCCAAACUUAGUUAAAUCUGUGUUUUAGUUUUUGUAAAGCAUAUCAUUCAGUUGGAGUAUUUAGAUGAAUGUAGUUAUGUUUCACAUUCUUAAACUAAUAAUUUUAUUCUAUAUUUAAUAUAUUGAUAGCUUAGGUGUAAAACCAUCUGUACAUAGUAAAGGCAUAAUGCAAUUAGUGAUGUAGGAAAAGUUGGGUGGGAACAUAAAGCUACUGAUUGGCCUGAAAAUAAAUAAGUCUCGGCCUGUAUUUUAGAAGUCACAAUGUUUUAUUCAUGAAUUCUUGUUUUGUAUUGGGGGAGGGGAUAGCUAGAAUGUGUUAAGACAUUUUUGGAAACCUUUCCUAGCAUUAGUUGGGAAGUUGGCCUCGAAAUGCUGUUGUGGUCAACUUCCUAGAAUUCACUUGUUUGUAGAGUAUAUAUUUUGAUUGUCAGUAAAGAUAACAACUUUGUAUUUUUUUCUGCACUUAAUUCGUGUAAUUAAUCCACACAAGAGAGUUUUCUAUAACAUGGUUAAGUUGACAAAAGAUGUAAUUUCUCCUACCUAUUAAUCUGUGCUUGCAAUAUUUCAGUAAUUGUAUUUAAGCCAUCGAUAGUAAGCAGCAGAAAGCUGCAAAUUUCAAUUUUCUUUUUGCUCAUUACAUUUGUAGUGUGAGUGUUCAUUGGUUUUCUUUACAGAAAGCUUGUAGAAUUUUCUAUUUGCUGCAUAUAUCUAUUUAAAAAAUACAGUCAUUUUUUAGCUUUUGUUAAAGCAGUUAUUGCUUACGAAUUGCACGACGAUUUUAUAGUGUGUCUCCCUUACUUAGCAAAUUGGUUUUUUCAGGGUUAGUGGUUCAGUUGGAAAAUGCUUGAAAAAUGAGUUUUAAGCACUUCAUCAAGCACAGCAAACACGGUAUAAAAUUUUGCUAUUUGAAAAUUAAUUAAGUGUAACGAUAUCAAUUGAAUUUUUUUUUCUUCUAAGAGAUACCUCACUGAAAGGAAAGCACAGCUGUACUGUAUUUAAAUGAAUUCUAGGAAAUAAUAAAAAGUUGGUCUGAAAUAUUUCGUUGCCAUCAUGUUGCUUUCUGUGAUUGACAGAAUGUUUUUUGUGUUUUCAUCCUCACUCUCUGAAGUAUUUAUUGCUGUUGACAUGCCAGUAUAAUUCUCUCAAAUGACAGAAAGUAGCUGCAAAACAGCUGAGUCCAUGUUAGCUCAAGGCAACAGGUUGAGUGACAAUUCUGAAACCACAGGAAAAGCCUGUGAAAAAUUAUCAGUGCAUUCAACAAUUUUUAAUACUUUGCCAAUGAUGUACAGUCUUAUUGUCAGCGUUGCUGUGGUUGCAUCACACGACACACAAAACUGUCCUCUACCUCACGUGAGAUUUAACAGAUAUUUUAUAUGGUUUUAGUAGACAAGAUGCAUCUAUCUGGUCACUUAGUUUACAAAUUUUGAAUUAUAUUUAUUGAAACAUGACAUACUGUGCUCUUAGCUUAUACCUCAAUUGUAUUUUGUGCUGUUAUCCAUUUCCAUGCCUUGUAAAUACCUGUAUAGAUCGUGGACUCAAAAACAAAUAAAGAACUGUAAUGUCAGAA